GCUUCCAGCAUCUUUACCCACUUCCCCAACCACGGGGUUUCCCAGUCUCCCUCGUCCCGGCGCAUCCGUUCGCAGACACGGCACACACACACACACGCAACUCCAGCGCCAUGGCUCCCCAACUCGAAGACGACUUCCCCUCCUCUCCAGGGCGGGCCGCAACUUCCCCGCGAGCAUCAACAGCAGCAGUGCGGCCAUCCCUCUCCUCCGACCUCCCCGCUCCGCCCUGGGCACCGCGCCCAACCCCGUCCGGCGCCCGCCGCCUCUCCUCGCACCAACACCGCCGCUCCCGUUCUUCCAUCCUCCACCACCACCACCACCACCACGACCCAACAGCAACCGCCGCCACCAAACCUACCGCCGGCGGUAUACCAUCCUUUUUCACAGGGCUACAAUCCACCCUCGCAGCCCUGGCGCAGCAAUCUCUCCGGUUGUACCUGACCCUGCCGCAAUGGCAGCGCAUCGCCCUCCUCUUCGCGGGCGCCGCCGCCUCCACCUUGGGCGUCCUCUUCCUGGUGUACUCGCACCGCAUCUUCGCCGCGCUGGGCCCGCUGGCGGCGACGUGGCGCGCCCGCCCGAUCAGCUGGGUGCUCGUGUGGCUGGCGACGUGCGUGACGGCCUUCCCGCCCGUGAUCGGCUACUCGACGUGCGUGACGGUGGCCGGGUUUGUGUACGGCUUCCCCGGGGGCUGGCCGCUGGCGGCGAGCGCGACGGUGGCCGGGUCGACGGCGGCCUUCCUGAGCAGUCGGGGCAUCUUGGCCGCCUAUGUGCAGCGCUUGGUCGGCAGGGAUACGAGGUUUGUCGCGCUGGGCCAGGUGCUGAGGCGCGAUGGCAUCGGCGUGUUGGUCAUGAUCCGGCUGUGUCCGCUGCCGUAUAGCCUCAGCAAUGGAUUCCUUGCCACCGUGGGGAGUAUCAAGCCCGGGGUGUUUGCGUUGGCGACCGCGGGGGCGACACCAAAACUCCUUGUGCACGUCUUCGUCGGCUCGCGGCUCGCCCUGCUCGCGGAGUCGGGCGACAAGAUGUCGGGCUGGGACCGCGCCCUCAACUACGUGAGCAUGGCGGUGUUUGGGCUGAUCGGCUUUGGCGUGGGCGUGCUCAUCUACCGGCGCACAAUGGCGCGGGCGGCCGAGCUGGCGCGUGAGGCCGAGCUUGAGGCGGGCGAUGCCCUGCUGGACGGCACCCCCGGUGAGAGGGAUGAAGGGAUGGAGGAGGGUGUGCUCGGUGACGAUUUGGAGAGUGGGAGGAUGGUGGAUCCUGACGAGCUGGAUGCCGCCGCGCUGAUGGACGACGACGAUAUCUCGCUGUGGGCCACAGGCGGUGAUGCAUAUCAUGACAACUGGGACGACAAUGACGAUGUCGAGGGAGCGACCAACAAGGGUGGUCUUUCUCAUGGCCAUGAACACGGGAGCAUAAACCGGUCCUAAGAAAUAAGGGGGAGGGCUGUAAGAGAUAGAUGAUGGGCAGUCGUCUUGAUCUCGGCCAGUAGCUCGGCCACUGCAUAUGGCGGCGUUAGGUUUUAGGACAGGUGGUACGGAGUUAGUUGGCAACUUGAACUUGGAAUAGACGGUGGUCAUAGAUCAACAUCGCACAAGUCCUUGCAAUCACCA